AUGGGAUGUUUUCUCGGUCGGCCUGAUUUCAUCGCUGGCAACAAUCGAGUCCGCAUUCUGAAAGGUCUUGCUCAAGGUGGAUUCAGUGAGGUGCUGCUUGCUGAAGACAUCGAUUCCGGGGAUAAAUAUGCGGUGAAGAAAAUCCAGGUUACCGAUGCGAGUGAUGUCGCUAAAGUUGAAUGGGAGAUAUCGAUGCACAAUCUCUUCAUUCAUCCAAAUGUAGCACCAUUAGUAGGUUCGGCUAGUGAGCCGCCUAUCUACUACUUGGUUUUCCCUUAUUACGCGAAAGGCUCAAUUCACGAUGAUCUUUGUCGCAGAAGAAUAAAACGCGAGUAUCUGCCCGAAGUUGACGUGAUACGCUUGUUUCGAGGGAUGUGCUUAGCGGUUGAAUGCGUACAUAUGAAGUCGAUUGCACAUAGAGACUUAAAACCGGCGAACUUCCUUUACAGUGAUGAUCGAAAUCCAAUUUUAAUCGAUUUUGGUAGCAGCUGCAAAAUGCCUAUGACGAUUAGAACCGCCAAAGAAAUGCAAAAAGCGUUAGACGAUGCUGCACAAAAUUGUUCAAUGGCUUACAGAGGCCCCGAGCUGUUCAACUGUGAGAUUGGAACCGUUUUCGGGACACAAGUGGACAUUUGGUCGUUGGGCUGUUGUUUGUAUGCUUUGUGCUACUUUGUAUCACCAUUCGACAUCGCUCAUGAGAAAGGAAACAGCGUGGCGCUUGCCGUUCAAAGCCCACACACGAUCUCUUAUCCAGGCGAUGCUCCAUAUCGCCCUUCGCUGAAAACGCUGAUACGCAAAAUGCUGGUAGUCGAACCGGCCGAGCGACCAGCUAUUAAAGAUAUCAUUUUUGCUCUUGAUACCCUCGAGAUC